CGCGUGAUACCGAGCGUGCGUGCGAAUCAAUGGAGAACUGGUGCGAGUAUGUCUCCCAGGAUGGAGAGAUCAGGAACAUCCUACAGAUCUUCUGCGAAUGCGAAGACUUGGAUGAAACCUUCACCAACCUCGUAUCGGCAUCAUCAGCGACGUCGUCGACAACCGCUAGCCCUCCAGGCUGGAAGCGGGUGCUCGACGUGGCCCAGGACCGCGCACGGUGAGAUACAACAAAACAAUGAUGGAGGCGAUAAUUAUUUUCGUUGUUGCCUCGAUGACGGCAUUUUUCAUUUUUCCUGGUAUGCAUACAACAUCAGACCAUUGGUCCGCAUACGUCUCGUCAAUCAAUACCGCUGGCGGUUGUCCACCCUCGUGCUCUAGCCGAACCCCGUGUGCCUCGUGAUGGCGUACAGCAUGGGCGACGGAGGCGCUCACCACUUCUGAACUUCUGACGCUGUGGUUGUUCCUCCUGCCCUCUCUUCUCCCCGAGCUUGUGAUCAUUGCCAUCAUCGGCUGGUGCUUAAGAACACACCGCCCCCCCCGACGGAGCACAGAAGCAACAGCCUACGCAUAAAAGAUACGUAUGCCGGACCAACCCCCGGCAAAACCGCGUGUUUUCGUCGUCGUCGUCGUCGUCGUCGUCGUCGUCGUUGUUGUUGUUGUUGUUGUUGUUGUUGUUGUUGUUGUCGCUGUUGUUUUGUUGCUGUUGCUGUUGCUGUAGCUGUUGUUUUGUUCUCGCCACAACAACCAUUGGUUGAUGCCGUCGCCAUAUCAACAUCGAUGGCGUUGCCCGGCUCCCCACCACCGUCGCCGCCGCCGUCUUCGUCAUGACUGUGUUGUACCCUCGUGCGGACAGGGUGCCAUGGCCGGGGGGCGCGAAGCGCGUGGACUUGGCCUGGUUCCUCGCGGCAGCUCUCCUCUGGCUCGUGCGUGCUCCACGAUACAUGACUGCGCGCAGUAGGCGUUGCUCUCCCCUACGCCGAGCUCCUGGUUAGAUGUGUGUCGCGAGAUCGGAUUUCUCUCGACACACGACAUUUAUUAGCUCUGCCUUUAUAGCUGUUGUUGGGCAUGUUUGAAAGGUGGUAUCCAGUCGUGUGCUUUUACAGAGGGUUGGAAUGAUGCGACAGCUUAAUACAACAUACAUGCCUGGUCAGGUGCGACUUGCGGCGAGAAGGUCGGCCUCACUCGCGCAGACUGUGGCUGUUGUGACGGCAUGCUUCGGAGGGCUUGGUUACUCGCACCUGAGAGCCCUCCGCCGGCGGUCACGCUCGCAGUUCCACGUGGUGAGCGAACGAGCGGUUGUUGUUGUUGUUGUUGUUGUUGUUGUUGUUGUUGUUGCUGUUGCUGCCUUUCAAGGGAAACAUGUGGUGGUUUGCGGACGCUUGCGCGCGUAGUACACCCCCAAGAGGCAAAGGAAGUAGAGGAGCCGUGAGGCCUGGCUUUCUCUCUCCGUGGUGGGGCUUUACUCUUCGCGACAUCGCGGUGGCGACGUGGACACCGAGUUGCACCCGACUCCGCCGUCGAAGACUGCAGACGUGGCCGUCAACUUGUGCUUGUUGGCCAUGGUGAGAGACGGCGGGCGCGAUACUCACAUGCGCGCACGAAUAUACCCACACGUGUUCGCUUUUUCAUUGGCACUCUCAGUGCAAAGAGAGAUAAACAUGCCCAUGUAUUGACGCAAAGGCGAGUUUGGGAAAGACCGAUCCACGCUGGCUGCGAGCGGCCAUGCGUUCGUGCUCAAACGCAGCGCGCCGUGCUGCCCUCCACAACUGUCCUUCACGUUGGUACGAGGAGUCUUGUGACAACAAAAAAGCUCUGUCGCCGUGUUUUCGGACACUGCGGCCGGCGGCGUUCCAGCGAGGCAGGCAUGUGUGGUGGCGCUCAAACGAACGGUGGCGGCGGGCGCGUUCGAUUGGUCUCUUUGUUUGAAACCGUCCAAUCCUUCGUUCGAUGCGUACGUCACGAUUUCUUUUCCGGUGUCUAUCUUUUUCCCAUUGGUUGAAGGCAAAGGGCUUCCUUGGUUGGGCAGCACCGCUACACACACAUCAAUCCCAUCAACAGCCUGGCCGAAAGCAGCUACUUUAUUAACAUAUGGUACAGCACUCGAUUAUUGGUGCACGAUGACGUCAGCCGGUGGUGUUCCCGCCCGAGACCGUAACUUCCAAACGAACAGCCAUAUCUCUCCUCUAUUUGAGGCGUCGCCUGCGAACCAAGAGAAGGGCGGUAGAGGCGUGGCCGCCACGCCCU